GAAAUAACAUUUUGGCCGAAGCUUACUGUGUUUGGCAUACAACGAUAACAAACAUUUAGACUGAACAUCGUUACCUUUUGUUGUAUUGCUGAGUGACCUCGUGGCGGAAACUCGGAAGUGCACGUGGGUUGGAAAAAGAUCAAGAUUAAUUUAACAACUGUUGAAUAGAUUAUAGUUAUUUAACCCUCUAAGAUCCGCUGUUGCAGAAUUACAACAAUUUUUAUUAUCCCCCCCAAAACGUUUUUUUUUUGGGGGGGGGGGGGGGGGGUAAACCACAUGAAUAUACUCAUUUGGUCCUAUUGUCCAGCUUCAGAAUGCUAUUGGGUCAUACAUCUGUAUAUAAGGCUGCCCUGGGCUUCAGAAGUCACACAACCUCCAGAUUUUUGAGACGCCGUCGUCCCCUCAGUUCACUAGAUUGGAUUCAUCUGAUUAAAAAUGCCACCAGUAAGGAGAGAUCCCCGCUGCUCUGAGCAGGACGUGAUUGAGAGCCUCCAAAAUGGAGAAAGUGACAUCGACAUAGAGUUCGACGACACUGACGAAAGUGACGAAGAAUCAAACUACGAUACCAAAGAAAGCCAAGAACCCACUGUUUGCCAAGCCAAUGUGGACAUCAAGCCCCAACCAAAUGAAGACAUCAAGCCUUGUGACACAUAUCGCUGGCAAAAAAAGGGAUUUUGUGAGUCCUAAUACUGAUUUUUCUGGUCCAGCUCUGUCACGGAUGGUCCAACUUUCCUCCCCACACCGCUGCAGUACUUUGAAAAGUUUGUCUCAGAAGAAAUGACUGAGGCUCUGGUAACCAAUACAAAUGAGUACAGCGUUCAAAAUAAUGGAAGAUCUCUGAGCACUAAUAAAAAGGAAAUACAGAAAAUGUUGGGCAUGUACCUGAGGAUGGGCUUGGUACAAAUGGCUGGAACUCGUAUGUAUUGGGAGACAGAUACGCGGCACCCCCCUGUUGCUGAUGUGAUGUUCCGCAACAGAUUCCAGUCUCUGUUGACAACAUUACAUUUUGUGAACAAUUUGACAGUGUCAGAGACUGAAAAGAGGGACAAACUCUGGAAACUCAGACCAUGGCUUGAAUCAUUUCAAGAGAAAUACCUGCAGGUGGUACCCGAAGAGCACAGUUCUGUGGGUGAGGUGAUGAUUCCUUUCAAGAGGAAGUUCAGCAGCAUCAAGCAGUAUAUGUGAGGCAAGCCACACCCAUAGGGGUUCAAAGUGUGGGUGAGAGCUGGAAUCUCUGGCAUGAUGCUUGACUUUGAUGUUUACCAAGGAAGCGUGAACACACUUGUGUCAUCCUUCACUGGACCAGAAGCUGUGCAGAAGAUUCAACGAUGGGACAAAGCCACCAAAACCUACAUUGAAGUUGAAUGGCCUUGCAUUGUAGGUAGCUACAACAAAUACAUGGGAGGCGUGCAUUUGUUGGAUUCAUUCACAGCGAAAUACAAGUUUGCCCUGAAAUCCCGGCGCUGGUACAUGUAUAUCUUCUGGCACACCAUUACCCUUGCUGUGCUCAACGCCUGGCUCCUCUACAAGCGGCACUGCCAAUCUCUUAAGAUGCCAAAGAAGGAGAUAAUGAACAUGAGAAAGUUCCAGGCUACGCUAGCAUCUUCUCUCAUUUUGGUAGACACAACACCGAAAACUACAAAGAGAGGACGACCAUCUUCAGCCAGUGCAAGCCCAGAUGCAGCAGGGAGUCCUUUGAAUGCUGGGAAGAGGCUUUCCCCAGGUGAUGGGAGUCCAUAUGGUCCUUCUUCAAAGAAAGCAUGUGCACACCCCCCACAGGAUGUGCGCAAGGACCAAACUGGACAUUUCCCCAUGAAGAUGAAGAGAGGACGCUGCAGACAUUGAGUAAAGGUUAUACAAACACCCAGUGCGCCAAGUGUGAUGUCCGCCUCUGUUUUUCAGAGGACAAGAACUGUUUCUGGGAAUAUCAUUGUAAAUAAAUAGCAAAGUUCUUGUCUUGCAAUAAAUGACUGUUCACAAAAACACGGCUGAGAUUAUUUUUCAUGUUAUACUGUUCUGGGACAAAAGCAAAACCCUGCAAAUAAAUCCUUACUUCUGUAUUAUUGGUCAGACAAUGACCACAAAUACAGGAGAUUCUGCUCCCCUUAGAGCUCAAUGUUACAAUUACGUUUCCGUAAAAACUUGCAAAAACAUAACCAAAAAAAAACACCACCUAAUUUUUAACCUCAAAGGCAUC